UUUUGUGUUUAAUGAAGGCAGAUUUAUGGGCCUUUGUGAUGAUUGUGCAAUUGACGCUCUAAAUAACUUUAUUCUCAUCUGAAACAACGAAUGAAAAUAGCCGUAACGUCUGAUGACGCCAUCAAAGGUGUGAAGUAUUAAAAACGAACGCAAUUAAUUAUUUUUCAAGUAUUUCCCUUCGAACUAACUUUUUUACAAUAUUUAUAGGACUUCACGAGAGAUUAUCUUGCAUAUAUUUUGGGGUUUUUCACAAAUUUGGAAGUAUUCGUUGAAAAAUUGUUGGUGACGCCAACUGUUUUAUCACGAAACUUUUAAUAAGACCUUUGUUCCAGAGAUGUCACUAGCGUCCUACGUAUCAUUACGAAGAAUGGUUCGUGGUCCACUUCAGUGUCCGGCAAUUAUUUCUCCUUUGUCGGUUGUAUUUACGUUUUGUUCGUAUAAACAAUCGUGCCCCUUGUUGUUUUUGGUGAGUGUAACGCAUUGGGAAUGAUAUUGAACUGAUAGUACAGGUUUAUUGUGAUUAUUAUGGAGGUGACUCGUGAGAAUUUUCAAGACGUUCUUCAGGAGCUUGAUGAUGUUCUUCCAAAAGCUACAUUCCUGGGGAUUGAUAGCGAAUUUACCGGGCUGAAUUCUGGGCCGGAGGGUAAACCUUUCGAUACACCUGCUCAAUACUACGUCAAGUUGAGAUCCGGCUGCAUGGAUUUUCUACUUGUACAGUUUGGACUCUCUGUGUUUACUCAUGAUGUUGCAACGAACAAGUACAGUCAGAGAACGUACAACUUCUACGUUUUCCCUCAUCCUUUGAACAGAACAGCUCCGGAUUGUCGCUUCAUGUGUCAAGCAUCGAGUAUAGCAUUCUUAGCUCGUCAGGGAUUUGAUUUUAAUAAAUUGUUCACGAAGGGGAUUCCCUAUUUAACGUCAAUAGAGGAGGACAAGUUGGUCAAACGAUAUGAAGAGAAGCAGAAGAUCAGGGGGGAGGGACUCGACAUGAUUUCGAUAUCGGAGGAAGACAAGCCUCAGAUCAGUGAAAUUUGUAAAAGAAUCGAUGAAUUCCUCAAAUCGGAAGCCGAGGAGCUCGUGAUUGAACGAUGCAAUGGUUACAUAAGAAGAUUAGCGCACCAAGAAGUCAGACAAAGAUGGCCGAAGAAAAUCCGUCUUGAGAGUAGAGUAGAGGGAGGAUCUCAAAACUUGGUGGUGUACAGGAUGGGGUCGAAGGAAGAAGAAGAGAAAAAGGAGAAGGAACGACAGAAGAAGGAGCGAAUGGAGAUAAAGGAAGCGGUGGGACUCAGUGCAUUACUCAGAAAAAUUGCAGACUCAGAAAAAUUGAUAGUGGGCCACAAUAUGCUUCUGGAUCUCUGUCACAUAGUCCAUCAGUUCUUCGGACCUCUUCCAGAAAGUUACUCAGAAUUCAAAUCUCUCAUUCACGGGUUAUUCCCAAAAUUAAUAGACACAAAGGUUAUUUCUUCUCGAGCACCAUUCAAAGACCUGAUCCCAUCGUCGAUACUCAAUCACAUGCUGGAAACGGUGAACAAGGAUCCCUUCUCAGUGCCUGAAAUAACCGCGAUUGACAACAGAAGCUAUACGAAGGGCGACGCGGUUUAUCAUGAGGCUGGGUUCGAUGCUUAUGCCACUGGAUUGUGUUUUGUGGCUAUGGCAAAUUAUCUAGGAUCUCAACAGACUACAAAAGUACAUACUGUACUACCAGACUCAGAAUUACUCCAUCCUUUUAUAAAUAAAUUGCUAAUAGUGAGACUGAAGGACUUUCCCUACAUUAAUCUGGUUGGGGCCGAUCCAAACCCCAACCGAGAUCAUGUGUUCCAUGUAACAUUCCCGAAACAUUGGAAGCUCAGUAAUUUGUCUCAAACUUUCAAUCCCUGGGGUGGUGUGUAUGUAUCAUGGCUAUCAGAUACAACAGCCUACGUGGGUUUAAAUCGUCGUGAACAGGCCCCCGGUCUCAGGAAGAAAGUCAAGAAAAACGGUCAACUCGGUGACUGUCAGAUUCAAACGUACACGAGGCAUCAGGCAUCAACCGAGUCAAUCAAAGAUAAUAAUACAGAGGUCGAUCGUAAACGGAAACAACCACCAACGGAGAGUUCUGGAGUGAAAGACAACACUUCCCGAUCCGACACCGAUGGUUGGGAGUUCGCAUCAGGUAAUCCUCAGGACCGCCAAAAGCCCCAAAAAUUCGUAACUCAACCGACUUUCUCCCAGAGAUUUUUCAAACUGCUCUUCAUCCUCCUCUUCAUCCUUUCUCUCUCUUACAAUCUCCUCAACAUCCCUUUGUACCUUUAUCUUUACGAACUUCACAACCAACUACUUCUCUAUAAACCCCCAGGGCUGGAUAAGACACUUAUGGCCCCACUGAAUAUGUAGUGGCCCGAAGAAACGUGAAUGCAAAAAAAAAACGAUACAGAUAAGACAAUAAUUAAGUGCGAGCAGGAGAAAGGUUAAUUGAGAAAUGCGACGGUUGUUUAUCCUGUUAUAUGCAGUGUUACUGUGUCGUUUUGUGCUUUAAAUAGGGACUGAGUUCAAUGAGUUGUUAAGAGUCUCUCUCGAACUGUCUUAAUCACCGUUACUGGCGACGGGAGACAUCGAUUAAUUGCUGUGAUUAGAAACGCCUGUGAUAGACAGCGGAUUAAUAACUUUAAAAUUCAACAAAUCACAACAAACUGGCUCUUUCUUUUCUAUUGCUUUUUAUUUUGAUUUUUCUCGCAUUUUUUUUCCUCACAAGACGCUAGUACUGACAGAAGAUCCCUUGACAGACAUGACAUAAUAUUCCAUUAAGAUGACAAAAAUAAUAGUGUAAUUCCAUUUCUCAUUGUAGGUGUCAUUGACUAUUUAAAACAAAGUAUUUACAGUGAAAACAUUAAUUUUUUAUAGGCCGUCACA